AUGGAUAGCGCAACAGGACAGAAGCGCACUCAGACAAAAUCAGAAGAGCAGCUCGGGAUCCUCUCGCCUCUAGGCACGAGAAAGAACCGCCCCGGGAGCAUUUCAAGCCAGCUGAGUUCGCCUCUGGACGGAUGUCGCGAUGAAGAGGAAGAGAAGGCUUCGAAGGCGUUUUGGCGAGAGAAAUGGGAGAAGUGGGAGGAGCGUGCUGGGGCUGAGGCAGACGAAGGAGAGGGUCAGGGUGGAUCGAGGAAAGUUGUGGAUGGGUUGGAUUUGGGCGAGUUGAGCAUUGCGCAGGAAGAAGUCCAACCCCAACGCGGACCGCAGAGUUCUACAGUCGGAGAGCAUGAUACCCGCGCCGCUGCUUUCGAUGGCAGUUCUCACGGAGCGGCUGCCACGACGACGAACUUCCUCCAACUAACGCCCGAACGCCCAGCGCACACGAAGAACGCCUCAACGACGACGACGACUGAAGAGGAGAUCAUCGAUUCCUAUGCCGAGUCCGACGCGGUGUUGAAUAGUGCGAUCCUCUAUUCCGCGCGCGCGAAACUCUCCCUCGCUCUUGUCUUGCGCGAGAAACUCCAUGACGAGGAGAUUUCUUCUGAGCUUACUGGUAAUAUCAAGGGCAUCACGUCUGAUUUGGAGGAUAUGAGGACGGCUGUGGAGGGCGCGCGGCAGCAGGUUGAUGGGGAGAGGGCGGGGGUUGUGAGGGGGUUGUUGAGGCGGAUGAGGGUGGAGGUGAAGAGGGAGAUUUGGCGGGAGGGGAAGGCGAAGGUUAGGGGUGGGUGA